CUCUCUCUCUCUCUCUCGGUUUUCCUGCCGGGCUGCUGCGUUGCGCGCUGCGGGGCCACACUGCGACCGCACCGAAGGAGGAAGAGGAGAAAGCCGCGGACCUGAAGGGGGCCAGCCUGAGCCAGAGCGGCGGAGAGGCGCGAUAAAGCCGAGGAGCAGCAGCGGAGCGGAGCGUGGAGGAUCCAGCAGCUGAGCCGCAGACGCGUCACUCUUCCUCCUCAUCUCUCAGAGCGACAGAAGCGAAGAGGAGACAAAAAAAAAAAAAAAGCUCUUGUUGGAAUCUCGGAGCGCGAAACGACGAACGGCGCGGUGUCGGACACCUCCCCCCCCCUCCCCUCCCGGACCAGGGCCGAUUCUCCGUUAAUCAGCAGCCAGCUCGGCGCGGCGACACCAUGAAGGACCGUACGGCGGAACUGCGAAGCGCUAAGGACAGCGACGAUGAUGAAGAGGUGGUGCAGGUCGACAGGGACCACUUCAUGGACGAGUUCUUCGAACAGGUUGAAGAGAUCAGAGGCUGUAUAGAAAAGCUGUCGGAGGAUGUGGAGCAGGUCAAGAAGCAGCACAGCGCCAUCCUAGCCGCACCCAACCCUGACGAAAAGACCAAGCAGGAGUUGGAGGACCUCACAGCUGACAUCAAGAAGACAGCCAAUAAAGUUCGCUCAAAAUUAAAAGCAAUCGAGCAGGGCAUCGAGCAGGAAGAGGGCGUGAACAGAUCAUCAGCGGACGUCAGGAUCCGCAAGACACAGCACUCGACGCUGUCACGUAAGUUUGUGGAGGUGAUGACUGAGUACAACACCACGCAGUCCAAGUACCGCGACCGCUGCAAGGACCGCAUCCAGAGACAGCUGGAGAUCACUGGGAGAACCACCACCAACGAGGAGCUCGAGGACAUGUUGGAGAGUGGCAAGCUGGCCAUCUUCACCGAUGAUAUCAAAAUGGACUCUCAGAUGACCAAGCAGGCUCUGAAUGAGAUCGAGACCCGACACACUGAGAUCAUCAAGCUGGAAAACAGCAUCCGCGAGCUGCACGACAUGUUCGUCGACAUGGCCAUGCUGGUCGAAAGCCAGGGAGAGAUGAUUGACAGAAUUGAGUACAACGUGGAACACUCCGUCGACUUCGUGGAGCGAGCCGUAUCCGACACCAAGAAGGCCGUCAAAUACCAGAGCCAGGCCCGCAAGAAGAAGAUCAUGAUCAUCAUCUGCUGCGUCAUCCUGGGCGUGGUCCUGGCGUCAACCAUCGGCGGCACGCUGGGCUUCUAAACAGACGCUCUGCCACCGCCGCCGCUGUGACGACCGACACCGACCGACCGUCUGACCGCCAGCAGACAAGAGAAACACCAACGACGACAACAACAACACAAAAACUUGAAAACACAAAUGCAAGACAGAUAACCAAUCAGCUAAGAGAGAUAACAAUCCAAUCACAGAUACGAGGAAACACCGCGGGGUCGGGUGGGGUUCAAAAAACUCAGACAAAAAACACCAAUAAAACGCCAUCACAUAAUAGCUGACUAAUCCACACGUAUACAAUCAGUGAUUUAUUACAGAUGUACAUGUAAAUGUAUGAACACAUGAAGCGACACAUGGGUUAGCUCCCUGUCAGAAUACGACCUCCAAGACAUUUACUUGUUUGUUUGUUUGUUUUCGCCUUUUUUCUUAUUUUUUAAACGUUUCUUUCGUUUUUUCGAGAGUCUCCGGACGUGACGGUGACGCCGCCGGGUGCCGACUCCUGCAGGGCGAGCGCUCCUGAACGAACCUUUACCCGUCUGUCGGUUUCUUACGUUUCAUUUCUCGUAGAAGCUUCUGGAGCCGAGCGUCGGCGUCGUGUCACGAGGUGGCGCUCGGCUCUUUCCGUCAGAACGUUCCAGAGCUCCGAGUUGUUCUGGAGCGCCGCCCUGCAGGACAGCGCCACCCGCCGGCUUUUUGGUAGAACCAACUUUGUCUGCGUGUUUCUGGGAGGGAGGGACCGACCUCGCUAUUGGCUCAGCCGCCUCUUUAGACCACCUCUCAUUGGUUGCUCAUUCCCGUCAUUCACCUCAGUCAGCCUAUUAAAAAUUAGCUGGCAAAGCCCGAACCCGCCACACGGCGUCUUUAAAAAAAUGAUUCGAUGACGUGAUGUUUGACUGACAGGUGGGAAGGACGGGUGGAGGAGGGUUUAAUGGAGGGUGGGAGGAGACGGACGGUCAAUCUAUGCAGUUUAGAUAAGAGGAAGACGACUCGUCCCGCCUCCUCCACCCAAGAUAGCCAAUAAGCAUCGAGGGGGGUUCACGUUGUCACGGUGUCACCUCCGAGCUGACACAACUGUUCUUCCGGAAGAUUCUGAAAAAUGAAGAGAACACAUUAAAAAAUAAAAAAAUAAAACAUAACGACAUGAAACGAACAAACAAGCUCGACGACAAACAGAUGAAAUCGUAGAAAAAGCCGAAGAUGCUGGCGCGCCCGGUUACCUGAGUGUCGUGGUACCGUUGCUUUUUUUGUUCUUAAUGGGGAACGUUUGUUGCUUCGUUGUUCCGUGGUGCUGCUGUUCUUUAGUGCGUGUGCGUGGCGUGUUCCCGUGACGUAUCGGCCUGACUUCAUUUAGCGGUUACUGUGUGGUCCGUAUGGUUUGAUGCAUUUUGCCUGUUUCCUCCCCGCAUCCCUCCACUUCCUGCCUGAGACGUUUAGCUCACACUGUUUGAAUACCUGAGUUGUACAGGUGCUACUGAACUUUUCCUAUUGGUGGAUAUUCUCCAUGGAAGGUGGAACAUGUGACACACACACAUCACAUCAUUCAUAGCACAUGCAUGAACACCUCCAUGUAAACGUUCCCGUGUUGCACAUCACGCCAGUGCUAGUGUCGCUUAGCAUGCUGUAGCGUUAGCCGUGUUAGGUGUAGCAGCUCUUUAUUUAUCGAGACACGUUCCGUGUGUCCGGGUCAGUGUUGGGGACGGACGAAAAGUUCACGUCUUCUUUGUUAAGCUGAAUCACAUCCACCCCGUCUGCACCUGAAGUUCAAAAUGUAUUUACUGUACAUCAGAUUGUUAGCGUUAGCAGUUAGCGUUAUGUCCACACACUUUAUUGAAAUAAGCUCGUUACGUGUACGUAACCUCAACACUGCUCCAGGUUGGGUCAACACAUACGUGUACGUUAUCUAUGUUGUAUGAGCAUGUUUCUGUUUCCUGUUGACGUGGUCCGUGUUUAGAAGUGAAACAAACACGUGUGUGUCGCCUGCAGCUGGACUCGCGGCGUGUUGAACAGUAUUGUGACUCUGGCUUCAGAUCUGGGGCGUUUAAGGACGGAGGUUCGUCCGCGUACAGGCUCUGUGAUACGGAGGUUUGCUCUCUGUUGAGGCCUAUGCUGGACAAUCCUGCACUUACAUCACAGUCACAAAGACUUAAACUCCACAGCAAUCCGUCCUCACUUCACCUGGUGUCAAAGCAAUAAAGUCAGUGUGUUCAAAAAGUGUUAGCUAGCCAGCUUCCUGUGUCUGAGUUUACGAGCUGUAGAGUUUCAACAUUUGUUUUCUGGCAUUCAGGGUUUUCUUACGUAACAGUCCUUUAAUUCAUUUUCACAUUUUAACUGUGUCAGAAAAUAAAGUCACUCUGAGACUCUACUGCUCUGACAGGAAGCUAACGUGAUGUUCGAGAUCGCGUUAGCUUCUUCUUGGUCGCGGCGUGUAGAGUACGUGCAUUUUCUUGGGAGUCGUAGUUGUUAGCGCCGUUAGCUGUAGAUGUUGCUGUGUAGUUGCUAAAUGAAAGGACGUGGAGGUGGAGGUGGAGGUGGAGGAGUUUUUAUGUUUUUGACUUCCCAAAAAAAACCAAAACUAAACUUGUGUGUUGACCAAAGCUUAGCGAUCAGCCCGACCCUCCAAGCAGCAAAACCCAAUAGAUGUUUGUUGGUGAGUCGUCGUAGAAUUAGAAUCAUUUUGCACUUUUCUCUGCUGUCGUGUCGUCAACGUUCAUCACUCCAUUUCGUCGUUUCUGAGUGGGUGUAGACUGUAAUUCAAACACUGAAUCUGUCCACCAAUUAAUUAAAUAAUGUUUGCCCACGUUGUUUUGACUACAUUUCCCAGGUGUCCUUUAGAGUUCUGCUGAUACUAAACUGACUCACCUGUUGGCGGUUUACAUUUUACCUCUCCACCAAUCACAGCGCUUCAUUCAUCGUAAAGUCAACCACAUGAUAUUCACUUCAGUUACAUGUUUUGGAUGGUCGAUGGUUGUCAAGGUGACGUCACGUCGUCAUGGUAGCCCUGGUUAGGUGGUGGAUAUAAAUCAGUGAUGUGAGGAUGUCGUCGUAGCACCAGCCAGCUUGUUGACUCUGAUGUUUCUUUGCCGUAGGUGUCUAUGUUUUCUGUAAAGUUCUUGUUCCUGUCUGGCAGCCAUCCAUCAGGCCCUGUCGCCAUCCUCAGGACGGAAGACGCGGACAAACGUCACCAAACCAUAAAAACAUGAAGGUUAAUGAAUGAACUGACGGGUUGGUGCUUUGUCCGAGUGUUUCAGUCCCCGUCCUUUCGUCUUCCCUCUUCCCGUUUGUGUGGUGUGUGUAGUUGUUUGGUUGUACAAAAAGACGACGUCGAGGCUCAGGAGUCUGCACCCCCCCCCCCAGCAGACCCCGUCCAUCUCGUUGUGUGUAAUAAUGAUAAUAAUAAUAAAAAGGCAUGCAAAAGCGUUGUGGAGUUUGCAUGAUGGUGUUUUUUGUACCCUACCCCGACCUGCCCUCCAUGUCGUGCACUUUACCGCUCACCGGACCUGUCUUUGGUUAGCACGUUAGCUACUAACGUGUUGGCGUACCUGGAUCUUUAAGUUGUUUCAUUCAGGAGAGGUCGAUAUUUAAAUGUGAAUCUGUGAAAGGAUAAAUCGACAUAACCACACCCUGCUCGCCCCCUCAGCCCCCCGACAUCGACCUCCAACCCGCCCCACUGUUACCGACUGAUCUGUGUCGUGUUACUUUGGUAUGAAAACCCGCGGGCUGACCUCGUCUCCGGGUGUCGCCCGUCCACCCCGGCCUUGUGUGUGUGCAGCAUGCCUCCCUUCCUCUUCAGUCAGACGUGAUGGGUGUGUGAGUGUGUGUGUUCGUUAGUGUCGGAGCAGCACGAGGUUGUUUUGAUGUGCGAAGCGUCCGAUCGGGAUCGCAGGUCCACGGGUUGCAGCCGUUUGAUGAAAUCCACUUUGUUUUUUUGCGACAGUCGGGACGAGAUAUUGGACAUAUUUAUGGACACCAUGUUCACUGUUAUGAUAUUUAUUCAAAUUCAAACCAAAGCGUUUUUCGCCCUCCCCUCAUGUGUUCUCAAAAAUGUUCGCCGCUAAUCUCAAAGAGCACAACGUGAGUCAAGUUUACACUGACGUGUUCGUCACCGAUGGUCAAUAACAAACAUCUGAUGAUAACUCUAAAAGCUUAAAGCCCAGCGCCCCCUGCCCGCCACCAGCCCUCACUGCAUGUUGGUCUGUGCGCCUAUCAAAACUGACGAAGCUAUCCAACAGUUAUCUCACACCGCGACCACGAUGUCUGCCUCCACGCCCCCGUUACUUUCCUGUUCACCUGUAGAGCUUAGUUUGUUUGAAAAGUAAAACACAUAAUCAUCCGUGAAGAAACGUACGCUUUCCUCCACGUGAGGCUUUUACGGAGACACCGUGGUGCUUUCUUCUUCUCUUUAUGCUGUUUUUAUUCUUUUGGUGUCAUUUUCUGUACAGCUUGUUUUCUCAGUCUGCGCUCACAUCGUGGGGUCGACGCCUCGCUGAAGGUUUGAAGGGUUUGCUAGGUUCACGGCUGAAGGCUCAAAGCAGCCAACCAAAGCCUCCGUCAGCUCUGCAUCGUCCGGCUGCUCAGCCGUGAAUGGUCAGGGAGAUUACGAUGAAGCAGCGCUAGCUAAAGGCGCUUUGUCGUAAUCGUCCUCGCCGUGACGACGAUGGCGAAUGUCUCUGCGCCAAACUCUUCUGCUGUUAUCUGGAUGCACCAACGCUUCAUGUCCUUAGUGACGAGAUGUUUGUCUGAGGAUCAGAGUUGACGUGACUGUUCGACUAGCUCCAUGAACCUCCAGCGAGCGUCUCCUGUGUGUGAAGGACUGCAGCCUUCAAAUGAAAUCACAUAUAUAGGGAAGAAUAUAUAUAUAAAUAUAUAUAUACACCAACAUACUGCAUUUCUAUAACUGUAUGUGGCUGUAGCCACCAUGCUAACGUGUUGGCUGUGUACAGUUUUUGUCAGAGCGGGGAACACAACGCAGAGAAAAAUCCUCCGGAGAGAGUUCGUGUCGCGGCGCCAAGACUCCAAAGAUUGACUUAGCGUUAGCCGUUAGCUUGGCGUGUUUCAUCAACACGUUCGUUUUCCAGCAGCACAAACGUCGCGGACGGCGUCUGUCUUCCACGACACCGAGCUCAGACCGCCAGGACUCGAGGCCGUCGUGCUUUUAUGAUUUAUGUUGUUUUAUUCCGUCACUGUCGGACGAUGAAACUCUCCUCCGCGACGAUUUUUGUCUUUCUGAAACAAAUGUUCAAAAACCAAAACUUGUCCAGUUCCCCGCUCUGCACGGCGCUCGCCGUGGCUUCGACCCGCUCGCCGCGCUGUUCCGUUCUUUCUUACGUGAAGCUCCACCCGUCCGUCGACGUCGACGCAGUAUUUCAGUUUGAUCAGUGUUUUUUCCCAAAGUGGGAGGGGUGGGACGAGUCAGGGGGAGGGACCACGAAAACGGACCACGCCCACACACGGUCUCUGCCAUAGCAUAGUAGAAAAGACGCUUAAAUAACAUUGUUAUUAUCAUUAUUAUUGAUUAUUGUUGUUAUUAUUACCAUAAAUGAGAAAUAAAUGCAGUAAAACAAAAACCCAGAAAGAGAACGAGCGGCUUCACACAAAGUCAAACUAACACGAAACUUUAAAAAAGGGACGAAGGUUCUGGAAUAGCAACGACUUAAAGAAGUACAAACGGAGUUAUGUUAUCAUAAAUAAUAGUAGUAAUAUUGAAUGCUCGCAAUUUUGUCAAACUGAAACUGGAUUCUUUGUGUUAUGUAAUUAUUGUAAAUAACUUCAAAGAGAAAAAAUGACUUGCAUGUCUAUGUAUAAAUUACUGAGAUAUCUAUUCCCGUCAAAGUUGACACGUAGCUCGAUCUCUGUCCUUUUUGCUUCCCCCUCAAACACCUCCGCCCUCCGUCCUCCGUCCUCCACAGUUUAUUCUGUCCAUGUCGGUGAGAGACGACAGCAGAGAGACAGAGACACAUAGCUUCCAGCGUCCUCGUCCGCCAUGUUCAGUUCAGACGCCGUGUUCACGCCGAGUUUCACGCGCCUUUGAAGGAAACGUUUCGUAGUUUGACACCCGCUGAGAUUCAGCCGAACCUUUUCUUUUCUUUCUUCGUCUCUGUCUCAGACGGACGCCAGCGCUGACGCCGGCGGGUGUUCGCGGUGUAAACACGACAACAACCACACCUCCGUCCAUCACCCCAGCUCCAGAGGCUCCGCCCACUGGCUCCUCUGAUGAAAGUGCUUCCCUCCAUAUUAGGAAAAAACUAAAAACCCCGCCUCCAGGGCUUUCCAGGCCACGCCCCCAGUGAUCACUUCGGAAGUCCUGUUCGCGGGUUUCCGAACUCUCUCGCUCGCUCGCUCUCUCUCUCUGUCUGAAUCAAUGUCUCUCCACCACAGCUAGCUAGCCAAACGACACCUGAAGCUCUUUACCUGCCCGUUUCCCCGUCAGCCAAUAAAAACAGACGUUACCUCACAGUUAGCCUGUGCUAAGCUAACAGUUUGAUUGGUUUAAGCAGCUCUAACAUGGCGCCGAAUCUAAACAUGGUGAUAAAGAAGCGUCCCAGUGCCGCGGUUGCUUUGACCCAUCACGUCUGUGAGGGACACGUAGACCUCUACGGUAACGUUCCAGAAGACAUCUUAGAAGCUACAUGCUGAAUGCUAACCUGAUCUGGCUCUAACAUCAAACGGCGGGUCGAGGUUAAACGAGUUUGUUCGAACGUCGCGUCUCAUUCAGGAGCUGUAACGCGCUCAGCAUCACGUCCUGAACACGCCGCCACAGUCUUCCUUCUGCAUGGCCGUCUCCAUCGCUGCGUUUCCUGACGGAGGUCCAAGCUUCGGUUCCUCCAACGUGUUGAGAGAAGUGUUCAGUGGUCAGACGGACGGCUGAGCUGGUUCGUGGCUUCAGCGUGUUUCAGGAACGCCGUCCUCCCCGCGGUCACCACCUGAUGUUGGGCCCGGCCUCGAGCCUCACACAGGCCUACCGUAACACAGCGUGCAAUAUUCAGAGAAACAAGGGCUUUCUUUAUCAUGCAGAGGCGCUCGGGCCGGCCGGCGGCGAGCUCGGACCUCCGACAGGAACUCCAUCAACCAAACGUCCCGUCUCAUUCGUCAGCAGCUCGGCGGGGAAACGGCAGGCCAGAGACGCGAGGUCACACAAAAUGUGUCCAAACUUUGAAAAAGACGAAAGACAGACGAGGACAGACGAUCGCGCUAAACACGCAACUUUGACCGGAAAUGCAACUUGUGUCCCGUUUCUUCUUUUGUGUGUGUGUAUGUGUGCGUAGCGUAAUGUAAAAGCGAUCUGUCCCCC